AUGGCGUUUCUCUUAUUGAAAGGCAUUCCGAGUCUUGCCGGUCACAAUCAAGCGCCUCAAGCUGAUCCAGAUGACUUUGUUGAUCGACUUAACUAUCGUUAUACAGUUAUUUUACUUAAUGUUUUCUCCGCUAUUGUUACAAAUCGUCAAUUUAGUUCCAAACAAAUUCAAUGUUGGGUACCAGCUAUGUUUACAUCUGGUUAUGAAGAUUAUACAAAUCAUAUAUGUUAUAUUACAAAUACUUAUUAUGUUAAUCAAACACAAAAAAUCCCAGGUACACGUGCAGAACGACAAAGUUUACAAUUACUUUAUUAUCAAUGGAUACCUUUUAUUCUUUGCUUUCUUAGCAUUCUUUUCUACAUUCCAAAUCUUUUUUGGCAAUCUCUUAUGAGUCGAAGUGGUUUGGAUUUAAAAGAUAUAAUUGAAGCUGGUAAAAGUUAUAAAUCAAUUGAUAGAAUGGAUAAAAGACGUAAAAUAAUGAAUUAUAUAAUUGCAUCUAUUGAUGAAUUUAUUGAUGAUCCAAGACGUGGAAGAGAAAAUCGACAUAUUAGUUUACUUAAACGUAUUCAAGCAAUUUUUUGUUGUAUGUAUGGAAAAUUUCAAGGCAAUUAUUUUAUGAUGGUUUAUUUAUUAAUGAAAAUUCUUUAUGUUCUUAAUUCAAUUGGUCAAUUAGCAUUAUUAAAUGAAAUGCUUGGAAUAAAAUAUUAUCGUUAUGGUUUAGAAUUAUUACAAAAAUUAAUUUUACUUAUACAAAAUCAACCACUUCAACAAUCGUAUAGACAACAAGGUGGUCUUUCAAAAUAUUUUCCUAAAGUAACAUUAUGCGAUUUUGAAGUACGUGAACCUAAUCAUUUAUAUAAUUCACAUCGUUACACAGUUGAAUGUGUUUUACCCAAUAAUCUUUUAUUUGAACAAUUGUUUACAUUUUUAUUUUUUUGGUAUACUAUGAUAGUUAUUUUGAAUAUAAUUUCUUUAUUUACAUGGUCAUAUUCAUUUAUACGACCAAUUCGAAUAAAAUAUGUAACGACACGCUUAAAAUUAAUAUUAAUAAGACAUUUACGAAAGUCCAUAAUGAACACCAAUGAACAUUCUCAAGAACAACAACAAGAAUCACAACCACAACCACAAUUACAACAACGACAAUCAACCGUAGCUGAUGAUUCUCUAUUACAUCGUGAUGACUCUCAUUUAGAUUUUGCUAAUAAUUAUUUAAAAUGUGAUGGAAUAUUUGUACUUCGUCUAUUAGAAACUAAUACAUCAGAUUUUGUUGUAACACAUGUUAUUGAAGAAUUAUUUUAUUCCUAUGAAAGAAAAGCUUCACAACCCGUUGUUCUUGAUGGACUUGCUAAAAUGAUGUCAACACUUGGUCCUGAUCAAGGUUUACUAAGUUUAGGAAAAUUGCUUUUUUUACCCGUUAUGUCCGAUCCAAAAAUGGCUGCUACAUUUGCUAAAGCGACAACUAUAACAGCAACUACUACUACUACUACUACUAAUAGUAAUAUGCUUCUUCCUAGUUUAACAACUACAACAACUGAUGAUCCUUUACGUAAUGCGCCGAAAUUACUUGCACCACCUGCUCCAACACGUCGACGAAUAUUAACAAAUGAAAAGCGUUCUCCUACUGGCUCUAUAACAGAACAAAUUGAAACUGUUCAACGAACUUCGUCAUUAACAACAAUAGAAACAAAACCAUCUGUUGAUGAAGUAACGGAAAUUUUACGUGAACGUCGACAAAGACUUAAAAGAAGAAAAUGA